AUGGAGACAAGUGACACGAAUUCGGCAUUGGAUGAAGCGUCUUUCAAGAAAGAGAUUGUGGAUGUGAACUCAGACUUUAACAAGCACAAAGACGGUUAUAAGAUUCAGUCACAAUUUCGUGAGAGUGAUGCGGGUGACGGAACCGUUAGGGAAGAUCAUAUCCUUACCGGAUCGAAGUUCUAUUUCUGCGUAAUUUCCCUUGUCUUAUGCAUGUUUUUGGUUGCAUUAGAUCAAAUGAUAACAGCUGCAGUUUUGACGAACAUAUCUAAUCAUUUCCACGAAUUCAACAAGAUGACAUGGAUUACUGCAGCAUUUUUGAUGCCUAUGGGUUGUUUUGCCCAAGUCUGGGGCCGACUUUCAAUUAAUUUUGGAAGAAAGUGGACAAUGGUUAGUGGCAUAAUAUUAUUUGAAAUAGGAUCACUUAUUUCAGGUAUCUCCACUUCUAUGAAUAUGUUUAUUGGUGGAAGGGCCAUACAAGGAGUUGGUGGUUCAUGCGUUCAAGGUCUUACUAUGAUUAUCGCAACAGAAAUCACAACAAUUGACAAAAAACCAAUUCUUUUUGGAGUACUCAGUUUAACAUUUGUUGUUGCAUCUGUUCUAGGACCAAUAAUUGGAGGUAUUUUUGGUACAUAUGUUACAUGGAGAUGGUGCUUUUACAUAAACUUAUGCUGUGGUGGUAUUAUAUUUCCUUUUUUCCUUUUUUCAUACAAGACAAAGCCACCAAAGGGUACAUUUGUUGACCAUAUUAAAACCAUAGACUUCUUGGAUAACAUUCUCAUGAUAGUUUCUUUGGUUCUAAUUUUAAUUGCCAUAUCAUUUGGCCAAACGGAUUCUUGGAACUCGGCAAAGGUGAUAUGCUGCUUCAGUAUCGGAGGAGUAACGUUGGCUGGUUUCUUACUUUACAACUUCAAAUUCUCGAAGUAUCCGGUUAUUCCAAAAGAUGUUAUUAUGAAACCCACAAUUAUUAUUUCAUUCAUUGGAUUUACCAUGAAUUAUAGCUGCCUACUGGUUGUUAUGCAAUUCUUGAGUAUAUAUUUUGAAAAUAUUGCGGGUCACAACUCAUUUCAUACAGGUUUGUCAUUAAUUCCGGCUGCAGUUGCUUGUUCAGGAGCAGGACUUGCUAGCGGUAUUUUUAUACAAAAAGUCCGUCAUAUCAAAGAAAUUUGCGUUAUAGCCGUCAUAAUUCAACCGGUGUCGGUUGGUCUAAUGCAACUAUUCAAAAUUAAAGAGAAUAUUGGAUACACCAUUGGUUUCCAAGCUUUGCUUGGCAUUGCAACCGGGCUUAACUUUCAAGGUCCGCUACUUAGUGCAUUGCUUAACGCUCCAAAAACCCCUGGCUCGUCAAUUUUAACCACAGCUCUCUUUAAUUUUGGAAGAAGUACCGGUGCCGCUCUUUUUUCUGAAAUUGCUGGUGCUAUUUACACUGAAACAUUACGGUCAAACAUAAAGAAAAUUGCACCCUUGAUUCAGGAAAAGACACAAAAUAUUGAUUCAAUAAUUUUAAAUACAAGUCUUCUAAGUAAAUUGGGAAAGCAUGACAGGGAUCUUAUAAAGGAGCAAAUGCUGAAAGCUAUUAGAAAUGUUUUUUGGCUCUCACUCGCAAUUGCUUUGUCAUCAUUGGUUGUGACUGUCGCUAUGUCUAACAAGAAGAUUCCAAAGAAAAAUGAAGUUGACGCUUAG